AUGAUAAUUAUCGCCUUUAUCUCCCAAAAAGGCGGGGUCGGAAAAUCCACCCUCGCCCAAGCCUUAGCGGUGGAAACUACCCGCCAAAAAAUAAAAACUUUACUCGCCGACUGCGACCCCCAACAAGCCACCAAUGGACCGGCAAGAACUAGUAAAGGAACGGCAGAAAUCGCUCAACGAGUUAAUUUGCUAAUUCAGCCGACUAGUGCGACCCGGGCGGAUUUAGAACCUGCCGUGCGGGAGUUUAAUAGUUUAGUCAAGCAGGGAAUUCCCGCCAAAAAAUUAAUCUUACUUCUUAAUAAUUUAAUCACCCCUGCCGAGGAAAAAGCCACCCGCACUUAUUUAAAAUUAACUAAAUAUCAUUGCUUACCUUAUGCCUUAUAUGCUCGGGCUUCCUAUCGUCAAGCCCAAAAUGAAGGCAAAAGUAUUAGUGAAAUUUCUUAUCAGAGUUUAAGCAAGCAAGUAAAGAAACUUUUAGAUAGUAUUUUGGAGAUAUUGUAA